UUCACUAAAUUUGCCCCUGAAUAAUGUGCCAGAUCGGUAGUGAGUAAACAUGGAAGCUUGCGAAGGAAGGAAAAACAGCUGACACGUGGCGGUCAUCUACAGAAAUGGUUAGUGCUUCAAGAGUCUAGGCCAUCCUACGGCUCCUUUUCUGCCAUGCUGGUGCUGGGCAAUUAAAACCGUCGGAUGCAUUUCGGAAUGGAUGGUUCAGAUUCGGACAUGCCACGGCGUGAUUAAUCUUUGGCCGUCCAUUAGGCCUUGGAGUGGGUUUCGCGAGAGUGAAAUACCGAAAAGAUGAUGAGAUGAGAGCACAAAAAGAGAAGGGUGAGAGAGAGAGAGAGAGAGAGAGAGAGAGAGGGGGGAGAGAAGCAGAAAGAGAGAGGAGAGAAAGAAGAAGAUAAGCGAAAGCAUAGAUCUUUCAAGUUGGGUGAUUGCUGCGUGAAAGAUCUUUAGAUUGAAUCAGUAUUUGGAAGGGGGGAAGUCGAAUCUGAGAGUUUUCCGGUGGUGCUGGAAGCGGAGUUCGGCGAAUUAUGGUUGUAGGCUGGUGAUGAGUGGUGGGAUUAAUGAUUUGGGUGUAGCUGAUUUGGAGAGACAAGGGUGAGAGAGCGGAGAUGGACAGAAACAGGGAAGCCAGAAGAGCCAGUAUGGGAACCUCAAACGGCUUGUCCAGACGAAGGCACAGAAGUAGCAGUCUCAGAGACUCUCCAGAAGAGGAUGGAGCGGUGGAGCUGCCGGAAACGGCGAGGUUACGGGAUCGGGGAAGCAAGAAGGAUCGAGAUCGUGAGAGAGAUCGAGAUCGAGAUCGGUCCAGUCGGAGCAAAAGGAGAAGAGGCGAUAGGUUGAUGCACGGGAGCAAUAGAGAAGAUGGUGGAGAGGAGAGUACGGAGGAGAGUGUAAAUGAUGAGGAGGAGGAGGAUGAAGAUGAUGCCGGAGCCGUCAGGAUGCUACCGCCGAAUCCGACGUCCUUGUCUUCAUCCAUGUCUAAUCAUCAGCACCGGAAGAGUUAUCCACCGGCCAAGGUUGUUAGAGCGCCGCCGGUGUGGAAGGCCGCUGACGAGAUGAUCGGUGUGUCGGUUCCGAGAAAAGCUCGCUCAGCAUCUACGAAGAGGUCGCAUGAAUGCUGGGCUUCGGGUGUUGGAGGAGUGCCGGGGGAGCAAAUUCACCGGCAAGCAUCCACGUCGCCGGUGAGACCAAACCUAGCUGCUUCAACGGCGGCGGUAGCGGCUUCGCCGGCUUCAAUCUCUCCUUCUUCUUCUAAUGUCUCAAUUCGGAAGAAGAUGAAGCCCAAUGGACCAAAGCUGCGUCCGCCGAAAUCAUCAUCCAAGGCUUCUUCCUCAAUUCAGGAGGAUAUCGAGAUUGAGGUGGCGGAGGCGUUGGCCGUGAUGAGACAGUCGCAGGGACCCUCUAAGCAAGAAAUCAUGGCAAACGAUUCACUAAAGUUUGAUUCUCGAGAGGUGAAUAAAUCGACUAAUGAAGCGAAAUCCAGAGUUUCUUCGCCGAUCUCCAAUUCUCCUUCUUCCGCCCAACAGUCAUCUUCUAUGCUGCCGCAAAAUUCUAACUCCUCUGCACCUCCCUUGUCCGCCGUUGCACCUAAGAGGAAGAGACCGCGACCUAGGCACGAAGAUGAGAAUCCGGCGAUUUUCGGCGUGCGGAACAGCCCCAUUUCUUCAACAGCCAAGGUUGACAUCGAUCAGCCUGCCAAGAUCGAAUCAACAUCUCCCAAUUUGGAGAAAAACCCAGGAUCCGCCAACGAAAAUGGGGGAGUUUCGUACGAUUUGAUGAACUCCCAGUCUGUACCUGCAUCGUCGGAGCCGCAACCGGAGUCAUUGAGGCUAGGGGAUUCAAAACCUUUGACUGAAGAAGCUGAGAGUCGAGAUGUGGGUGUGACCAAGGAGGAACCAUCUUCGCCCGAAAAGGAAUCUCCUCUCCCCAAAUUGGAUGAUGAUCGUCAAGAUGCGACAGGGACUAAAGCGAACUCAACAAUUUCUGACGUUGAGAAACAGCGAGAAGAGAAGUUCCAGAUAGAUCUAAUGGCUCCUCCUCCCCAGAUGAGAUCGUCUCCAGAAAGGGACGGUGAGAUCAAUUUUGUUGCAGCAGAUCCCAAACCUAUGGUCUCUGACAUGGAUACUGAAAUGAAACCCAUGGUCAAUGAAGGCGAAAAGGUGGUGAAAAUAGGCAAGGAUGAGGCAAUGAAUGCGGAACCUGAGGAGAAGAAGGCAAAAUCCAUAGUUGACGAAGCUGAACCACAUAAGUCAAUUGUUAACAAGGAGAGAAUUAUUGACCUCCAGCUUGAUUUGGAGAAGCAUGAUCGUGAUACUGGCAAUGGUAGUGUCGGUAGCAGCAAGCUAAACCAGCAUACUCCGAAACAACUACAGCAACCGAGAGCUCUGAAAGAAGAACAGAACACUGAGAAAACUGCACAAUCGUCCGGCUCUCUACCUUUGCCAAUGUCUGUAGCUAGCUGGCCUGGCGGGCUUCCUCCUAUGGGAUAUAUGGCACCUCUACAAGGAGUUGUAUCCAUGGAUGGGAGCACAGUCUCUUCAGCAGCGAUACAGCCCCCGCAUUUCCUUUUUUCUCAACCACGGCUUAAGAGGUGUGCAACCCAUUGCCACAUUGCUUGGAAUAUUUGCCAGCACCAGCAAUUUACGAGGAUGAACCCUUUCUGGCCAGCAGCAGCCGGCACCCCGUCUCUAUUUGGUGCCAAGCCCUGCAAUCUCAAUGUUCUGCCCUCUGUAGACUUGCAUGGGAACUUUCCAGGUAGGAAUGCAAACCCUUUGCAGGACAAGGGACAGGGUCUCGCUAUCUUUUCUGGUCAUAGUGGGAAGGACAAAGGCUCUCAAGCUGGUAACCCUGUAGAUGCUGCACAGAGGAAGCAGAUUUUGCUUCAGCAAGCUUUACCCCCAGGGGCACCUAGCAGUAUACUGCAUGGUCCUUUCAUCUUUCCUUUGGGCCAGCAACAAGCAGUGGUAGCAGCUGCUUCUGCACGACCUGGGUCUGUUAAGUCUCCUCCACCCACCAGCAGUGCUGCUUCAUCUAGUGCAUCCAAUUCUGCUCCAGUGAGUGCCUCAACAACAGCAGCAGCCACCACCCCUUUCCCAGGCACAGCAACAGCCAUGAGCUUCAACUAUCCUAAUUUGCCUGCCAAUGAUACUCAAUACUUAGCAAUAUUGCCGAACAAUGGCUAUCCCUUCCCAAUCCCUGCACAUGUUGGAGGUCCACCUGCUUAUAGAGGAACUCAUGCUCAGGCAGUUCCCUUCUUUAAUGGGCCUUUCUAUUCUUCUCAGAUGCUCCAUCCCUCGCAGCUUCCGCAGCAGCAGCAGCAGCAACCAACCCAACAGCCGCAGCAAAUUCAACAUGGUCAUCAAAAUACAAGCAUCUCCAGUGGUUCCUCAUCAUCCCAGAAGCAUUUGCAGAAUCACCCACAACAGCAGCAGCAGAGGCCACAUGGCAGUGGUGUCAGCGGUGGGAGUGGAAGCUUGCAGAGCUUUCCUGCACCGAAAAACCGCCCAUCACAGCCACCAGUUAUGCAGCAGCCUCAGCAGCUACAGCAGGCCCAUGUCCAACUACCACAUCAAGCUCGCCAACUAGAAGCUGAGGUUGGCAGUGAAGACAGCCCCUCCACUGCUGAUAGCAGAUUGUCUCGAGGUAGUCAGAAUGUCUAUGGUCAAAAUUUUGCAAUGCCCCUUCAUCCCUCAAACUUUGCUUUGGUGGCCCCCCCUGCAUCAUUGGGUAGUGCCAGUGGCACAAGUGCUAAUCAUGGUGAAAAGAAGCAGCAGCAGCCACAGCAGCAUGGCUUGAAGGCUGGUGUUGAAUCCCUACAAUCUCAAGCAUUUGCCAUGUCAUUUACUUCCAUAAAUGGUGCUGCUGCAGCUCCUGGCCUUGACAUUUCAUCAAUGGCACAGAACCAUGCAAUUCUUCAAAGCCUUCCAGAGGCUGCCAGGCAUGGCUAUAUCAUUGCCACUGCACAAGCGGCACAGCAAAAGAAGAAUUACCGGGCUACAGAAGAAGGGAAAUCUGGCAUUGGUGAUUCUUCUAGUGUGGAAGAAGAAAGAAAGGCUUUGGCAGGGAAGGCAGCAGCAACUGCUGGGCAGUCCAUUGCUUUCUCCAGACCAGAUUUGCAAGAUACAUCAGUUAGUACAAUUCCAGGCAAUGGUGUCAUUGAUAGUUCCACUCGAACCCUCAACCUCAGCUCUGCUCCUGCUCGAGCUUCAGCUUCUGUUUCACCAGCCACUGCAAGUGCUACUAAUGCUCCCAAUUCUCAGCAAAGGCAGCAACAGCAGCAGCAGCAGCAACAACAACAGCAGAUGAUUCAGCUUCAAAAGCAGCAUCAGUUUGCAACUGUUGCGGCUGCAGCAGCUAGAAGUAAGACACCAGCAACUAGUAAUGGAAGUGUUUACUCUGACCAUCUUCCUUCAUCAUCUUCCAUGGCUGCCAAGUUUCCUAAUGCUCUCUCUGCUUUUCCGCCAAACUUUGUCCAAGGCAGCAGUAGCCCAGGUCAGUCCCCUCAAUGGAAGAACUCUGUCAGGACAUCCACCUCCCAAGUACCAACGCUAGCUCUCUCCUCCUCAACUGCAUCAUCCCUCAAAAACAUUUCCCAACAGCAAGCCCGAAGUCAGCAAAGCCACAUGCAGAUAUCAUUUGCGGCUAACCCAAAAUCGUCAGCAGCACCACAAGGUCAACAACCUCCCAACAGUAACCAGUCCCCAUCCCCUCCAAUGGUGGUUGGCUCUCCAACUUCAUUAUCCAAGAGCACUGGUGGAAGCCCAAGGACAACUCCCGCCUCCACAGGCAACAAAACUGGCCAAGCUUCGUCAUUGUCAUCGCAGCAGGCUAAGAACUCACCAUCAGUGCCUAGCCGGAAGUCAUCACCGGUUGGUGGAAGGAAUGUUCCAUCAAUACUGGGCAAUCCCCAUAUCACAUCUUCAAACAAUGGACCUAAGCCUCAAAUGCAAACACUGCAGCAGCAGCAGCAGCAUUUAUCAAAGCAGGCAUUGCAGCAAACACAGCUAUUCUUCUCUAGUCCCUACUUGCAAACACAAGGUCCACAUUCUACAACUUCCACCUCUUCAGCUUCUAGUGGGUAUUAUCUUCAAAGACGAAGAUCAGAACAGCAUCCGCUACAGCAGCAACCACAAGGAUCAUCAGGGACAUCGUCAACCGGCAUGUUGACUUUGUGUCCACCUGUUACUCUUGCUAGUGCCAGCACUUCUGAUCCUGCCAGAGCAAUUGCGGCUAGCAAUAUGAAAGGAGGUGGUCUGCCAUCACAGGGAAUCCAUGCUGCCCAAUAUGCUGCUGCACAAUCCCCUGGGAAUCCUCAUUCCCUCAUGCAUGCAAGCUUCCCUUAUGUUCACGCUGUACCCACAGCGGUUCAGGUGAAGCCAGCAGAGCAGAAACAGCCUGCCGGUGAGUAGAUCUAUAUCCCUUCGCGCUUUACAUUGCAUCCCCGUUUAGGGAAGGCAGGAAAAAAAUAAAUUAAGUUCAAUAAAAGAUUUAGAUUAAAAUGGGGAUUGUAAAUUUAUGAAGGGAACGACGGUUUCUUGCCCAGGAAAUGACAAUUUGCGUGCCCUCUGGCAGCCUGAGAAGAAAUGAGAGAGAUGUACGGACAUUUGAAGCUGUUGGCAGCAUUGAGAGAGAGACAAGUCGGACCAGAACCUGAAGCCCACAAUUUUGGAAAGCGAGUGGAAUGUGUGGGUGAAAAUAUAGGGGGACCGUCCCCAGUGGAAUGUUCUUCAAGUGGAAUGGUGUAUCUAUCUAUGUACACAUGUUUAUAGUCUGACAGGGUUGAUGGAGAAGUCUAAUUAAUUUGAUUGGUUUUAAUGGUUCGUGAGAAGAGGAUGGCAAUGCUAUGGCUAUUGGAGGAAAGGCUGAUCAGCUUUUUUUGUAGGGCAUAAGAGGGAAGAGGAAAGAGGAAGAGGGAGAAGAUAAAAGAUCCACCUUUCUUUCUUUUGGGGCUAUAAUGGAGGUUUCUUUUCUCUUUCUUUGUUAAUUUUUUCUUUUUGUUUUGGGUUUCUCUUUUGGGUUCUUAAUUUUCCGGAAAGAGCAGUGAAAAACAGUUAUCUUUUGACCAAAUAUAUGCACCACCACCAGAGGGGGGUCUAUAUGUAUAUGUCUGGCACAUAUAAGAAGUAAACCCUCUCAAUUUUUUCAUUUAA